UGGCGAAGCCGAAGGGCAGGAGGCAGCCAACUGGUCGUAUAGUUGGACGCCCUUCCAAGUCGGACAAGAGAGCCAAGACAGCAGCAGCGAGAGGUGCGUUGGCCCAGGAGAGACUCCAAGCUGAGCUCGAGCAGCAACGUGCAGCGCUCGCGGCGGACAGAGCAGAGAUGGCGCAGAGGGAGGAAGCGCUCAGAGCGAAGGAGGCUGCGUUAGCCAAGAGGGAGCAAUAAAUGGCGAGCGCCGCUGCACAGCGGGAAAAGCGUGACCAGCAGGAAGUUGAGCGCGUCCAAGCAGCAGCUGCUGCUGAGGCGGAGAAGGUUGCUCAGGGCCUGGACUACAUGGACACAUCUGUGCACGAGAUGGUCCUCAUGCUACUCUCCGACCUCCGCAAGGAAGGUUGCUCUGAGAACGAGGCGGUGUUGCAGGUCAGUACNUUGAAGUAUGUUCAUGUGUGGUGUGUGUGUUUUCGUUGCAUUUAUGUCGGGCGCGAGCCUUUGCCGUUCGUUACACGGUUGACGCACCUGUCUACGUUACACAAAUGUUCAGCAGGAAUAAUUGUACUGUUGUACAGCAGUUCUUUACAGCAGUACUUUUCAGCACCUGAGCAGGCUUGCAUGUGUGAUGUCUCUCUGUGCAAUGUCCAAGUUGCGCGCACUUUCAAGAUCGGCCACGACAAGGUCAGACGCAUCAACAACCACUGGUGGGAUCACCGCCAGUUGUACGAGACCACCGCCGUGGGAAGAGGCAAGACGGCAAAGAAGGAUGAUGGGCGACGCCGCCUCACCGAAGUACAAGAAGAUCAACUUCGCGAGUUCAUCAAUGACGAGCACAAGGCCGGUCGUCAAGUCUUUCGCCGCACGGUGGCAGAAUGGAUGCACAGGACUUGCAACAUGGAGCAGCCGUCCAACCGUUCGGCAGGAGGGCUGCUGAGUAGGCUCGGCUACAAGCGUCGUAGAGGCAGGAUCAAAACGCCACCGUUAAACGCCGAAAGACUUGCUCGCAUUCGUCGGUUUCUUGUGAUGAACAUGGCAAAGAGGGCAGAGGAUGCUGGGUUAGCAGUGAUCGUGUACAUGGAUGAGAGUUUUGUCCACCAGGCUCAUGGUUCCCCCUAUUCUUACUUUCCUUCGGACGAGGAUGGAGUUGUGCAGGAUGGGAUUGGUCGCACAACGGGGAAGGGCUUGCGCAUGAUCAUGGUGCAUGCAAUCACGAAGUGGGGGCCGUUGGCUAAGCUUUGUGAUGGGUUACCGAUCGAAGAGGGCUGGUUCAAGGAAACGGGUAGCGGCAAGAAGGAAAUGGAAGAUGAGGAGACAGCAGAGUUUCUGUGGCAGGCUAAGUUGGCAAAGGGCGAUUACCACGCAGCAAUGACCGACUCGAUGUUCAUGGAGUGGCUUGAACACCGCCUUAGCCCUGCGUACAACGCGAUCCCGGAGUUCAAAGGCAAACGGAUGAUUCUUGUUCUUGACAACGCCUCAUACCACCAUGGAUUUGUCUCGGAAGUCAAAGUGCCGGAAACCAACACCAAGAAGCACAACGUCGAUCUGUUGCGUAUGUUUGGGGCCAAGUCGAUCAGGGUUAGGCGUAAGGAGGGCGAACAGGGCGUUGUUGAGUACAACUUCGAGGUACCGACAGAGCCUGGUUCUUCAUUCCCUGCAGGGAACAGGGAGGGCGGUGUAAGCAGAGCGGAGGUAGCAACGGCCACUCGGGAGUACAUCCACCUCAAUCACCCUGAAAGGCUCGAGGAACGGGUGGUGACGUUCAUGAGGAAAAAGGGGUGGGCGUUGAUUUGGACGCCGCCCUACAUGCCGUCCUUUCAACCGAUCGAGCUUUUUUGGCAGCAUGGUAAGCAGUACGUCAGCCUUAACUUUGAGUUGAAGCGAAAGAUGCGGGAGGUGUGGGUGCAGAUUCGUAAAGGUUGGUACGGGGACAAGGAAUGGCCAGGCCAGGAGGGGGGGUGGAAGGCAGCCGAUUGUUCGAAGCUGGUUGACCACGCCAUUGGAGAGAUGAAUAAGUGGGUCAAGGACCGUGAUGGAGUGCUUUCUGGUACGAUAGGCAGCCUCGAAAAGCCGGACGGGUACGAUACAGAUGAUGUGUCGCCCGUGGGUGAUGUCGAGGAAGGGGUAGGGGAGCAGAUCCAGCAGGAAAGCGCAGAAUGGGGUGAUGGCAGCGACGAGGUUGAACCAUGAUGAGAUUUUUUUCAGCCUUGUGAUCAAUUGCUACACCCAUGCACUGGGUGUACCAUGUUCCAACAGCACACAUGUGUGAUUGCUGUGCGCGGGGAGUUGCGUCCCUGCUUCCAGCUGCUGCAGUUGUUGAAAA